AUGGAUCGAUUUUUCCAGAGUCAGGUUUCCUAUCCUCUCGGCGAUAUCCUUUCCCUUCGGAACUACGCCUUUGGUGUCAUUCGACAGUCUAGCUCUGAUGGUCCUCCCGUCACUAAACAUGGGCUCCAUGACCUCAGCUACGCAGGGAUCAGACUGAGCUCUGCCGGCCUAGGCGACUUCCUCAGGGGCCUAACCAUGGAGACGAGCAAAGCGCUGAUCGAGCUCGUCUUCGGCUUUGCGAAUUGGGAACGCCUAACUCGUGAUCUCAACAUUGCCGAAGUUGGAAGCCGUGAGGAUUGGUCCCGUCCUGCAGCGGAUUUUGGCAUGUCAGACCCGUCAAGCCCCUUCUCUGACUUCCUAGCCAUUCAUGCCUUUGGCCCUGCCGCCAACGAGUGGCUACUCGAGUCUUACUCGGCUGCAACCGCUGACGCUACAAGCCCGGAGAUCAACCGAGGGACCGCUGUGACCUACCUGAAGAAGGUAGAGAGCUUCCUGACAGAUCUACUAGUUUUAUGCCAUAUUACUAGUGGAGCCCCGGCACGAGGCACCGAGAUCAUCCAGGUUCUAAGGGCUUCAUCGCCGGUCACUGGCCGAAACCUCUUCUUGGACCCCCAGCGCGGUCUCUUCCUCAUCCGACUCACGUACUCGAAGACCUUCUCGACGACCAAUAUCGAGCAGAGGGCGGUACGGGUCCUACCACCCGCCCUGAGCUACCUACUACUGGUUUACCUGGUAGUCGUGUUCCCAUUCAGAGUGUUUCUGUGUGAAAUGCUAGACAUUGAACUCAGGGCGGAGCUCCUCUUUAGCAUCUCGGGCGGGACUGUGAUUAACUCUCGAGCACUCAAAGGUCGGCUAGCCCUACGCACGCAGACCUAUCUGAAUCAGCGUGUUGGCCUCAAGGCCUGGCGCCAUCUUGCGCAGGGUUUCAUCCGCUAUGGGAUGCAGGAGAUCAUCGAGGAUGAUAACGCUGAAGAGGAUGACCUGGACACCGAUGAGGCCAUUGGGGCCAGUCAGAUGCACCAUUCGGUACGGACGGGCCAGUUGGUCUAUGGCCGUACGGAGGGUCAGUUGACCCAUAUCACCAAGGACCGGCAGGAAAUCUACAUUGCUUUCUGCCAGCGGUGGCAUCAAUAUAUUGGGGUGGGCAGUCAGUUUGACCCAUUCUGGCACUUGUACCCCUCGAUCGCCCCGCCGUCGUUUCUCCCCAUCCUGCCUAGUGCGGGAUCCGGACCUGAUGCGGCUGUGCAAACUGCUCCUUCCCUACGGCCCAGUUUCCGGCUCAGUGACCCUGCCCUCUGUGCUCGGAAGACGCCAGCUGGGUCCCAGCCCCCGGUAGUCUCUAUCGGUCUACUGGAAGAGUUCAAGACGUUACAGGACCGGCGAACCUCUCCUGACUUCCUGGACUUUGCCGAAGACCAGCCUGACCCCCUACAGCUCUUUAAGAGCUACAGCCAGGUCACUCAGGCCCAGUCUUUAGACCCUGGAACUGAUGUUCUACGCGCUCUACUGCGGGACUUCCUGGGGCUUCCGGAUGCUACCUUUACGUCAGAUAGGCAACGGGAAGCUCUCCUAGCGAUGGUUCUAAACCGAGACCCUUGCCUAUUUCUUGUCUUGCCGACCGGCGGGGGUAAAUCUACCCUGUUUCUACUAUGUGCCAGCCUACGCACUAGUAGAAUCACUAUCGUUAUAGUGCCGCUGGUCAGUUUACGAGAGGACCUGAGGAGCAAGGCUCAAGCAAUAGGCCUCAGAGUGACUGACUUUGAGAAGGACCCAGGCCAUGGCUUUGCCCAGUACGAAGGCCCCCAGCUCGUGCUAGUCUCGGCUGAAACCGCGGUCACGGCGGCUUUCACGGGAACUGUGCGAGACUUGGGAUCCCGGGUGACUCGAAUCAUCUUCGACGAGGCGCACCUGAUCCAUACCGCCAAACACUACAGGGGCAUACUCCACCAUGUCAGAGAGAUCACGCGUUUGGAAAGACCUCUCGUUUUCACUACGGCCACGCUCAGCGCACGAAUCCUUAGUGGAAUCCGGGAAGAGCUUUCACUGGCCGAAGAACCUAGGGUCAUUCGGCAGCCUAUCAAUAGGCCCAACCUGAGUUAUCGGGUCAAAACGCUCAACCCCGCCGAGUCGGAGGAUGCCAACCUAAAAAUCCUUGUGGGGCACGGCCUCAAGUUUUGGAGGGACCAGGGGCGCCAGCAGGUGAUAUGUUUCUUUCCUUACAAGAAUCAGAUCGACCGCAUUUCGGAGCUAUAUGGUGACUACGUUACUCCCUAUCAUGCUGGUCUGGCUGAGGAAACCCGAGCGCGGAAUCUGGAGCUGUUUACGAGAGGUGGAAGGCAAAUCCUCGCUGCUACUAGUGCUAUAGGCGCUGGGUUUGAUUUCCCGAACGUGGGGUAUAUCAUCUACUUCCUCGGCGCAUGGUCUCUUACCGACUUCGUCCAAGGCUGUGGUCGGGCGGCUAGAACGGCGGGUUCUAAGGGCGAUGUGGACGUCUGGGUGAAGGCCAGUGGCUUUCUCCUUAGGGAUGGGCCCUCGGGAGACGUCUCCAAGGACUCCAUGGAGCUCGACUGUUACGAACCCCACUAG